UUGAGUUAUGCCAAGCCAAAUCCAACUUUCAAUUCCAAGCCACAAGCCAAAACAUAUUACCUCAACCACCAACACAACCCAAUUCACCAAUGGAAGCACCAACUUGGGCCGCCUACGCGGCCGCAUGGCUAUUGGCCAUAGCCUUAGUACUCCUUACCAACCACCUUCGCCGUCGUAAACUUAACCUACCACCAGGCCCAAACCCAUGGCCCAUCAUAGGGAACUUCAACCUUAUUGGGGCCCUCCCCCAUCGUUCCAUCCAUGAGCUCUCUAAAAAAUAUGGGCCCAUAAUAAGGCUCAAAUUUGGGUCAGUUCCGGUGGUAGUGGGCUCAUCAAUUGAAAUGGCUAAACUUAUUCUUAAAACUCAUGAUGUAAUUUUUGCCGGGAGGCCUAAAACCUCGGCAGGAAAGUACACAACUUAUAACUAUUCCGAUAUAACAUGGUCUCAAUAUGGUCCAUAUUGGCGCCAAGCGCGAAAAAUGUGCUUGAUGGAGCUUUUUAGCGUAAAAAGGCUCGAAUCCUUCGAGUACAUACGUGUAGAAGAGCUUAAUUUAGUGUUAAAUGACAUAUUUAACACUAACAACAAGCCAACGUUGUUAAAAGAUCACCUUUCAACAUUGAGCUUAAAUGUGAUUAGUAAGAUGGUGUUAGGGAAAAAAUACUUAGAAAGAAAUAAUAAAGAGAAAAUGUUCAUUACGCCCGAGGAAUUCAAGAUGAUGCUUGAUGAAUUGUUCUUACUAAAUGGAGUGUUGAACCUUGGGGAUUGGAUACCUUGUUUGAAGUACAUUGAUGUACAAGGUUAUGUGAAGAGAAUGAAGGUUUUGGGUAUGAAAUUUGAUAUGUUUAUGGAGCAUGUAUUAGAUGAACAUAAUGCUAGAAGAGAAAAUGAGAAGGAAAAUUGGGUGCCUAAAGAUAUGGUGGAUGUUUUGUUACAACUUGCUGAUGAUCCUACUCUUGAAGUUAAGCUUGAGAGAGUUGGAGUCAAGGCAUUCAGCCAGGAUCUAAUUGCUGGAGGUACAGAGAGUUCAGCGGUAACAGUAGAGUGGGCAAUUUCAGAACUCUUGAAAAAACCCGAAGUUAUUGCCAAGGCAACAGAAGAACUCGACCGUGUGAUAGGAAAAGAAAGAUGGGUUAAAGAGAAAGAUGUACCAAACUUACCCUACAUUCGUGCAAUAGCAAAAGAAACAAUGAGGUUACACCCAGUGGCACCAAUGCUCGUCCCUCGAAUGGCAAGGGAGCAUGUGAAAAUCAAAGGCUACGAUAUUCCCAAGGGUUGUGUAGUGUUUGUGAAUACUUUCACCAUACAAAGAGACCCCGAAGUGUAUGAAAAUCCAGAUGAAUUUUUGCCCGAAAGAUUCCUUGGAAAUAAUAUAGAUGUCAAAGGUCGCGAUUUUGAGUUGUUGCCUUUUGGAUCAGGAAGAAGGAUGUGCCCUGGGUAUAGCCUUGGCCUUAAGGUUAUUGAGACGAGUUUGGCUAAUCUUCUUCAUGGAUUUAUUUGGAAAUUGCCUAGUAACAUGAAGCCUGAAGAUUUGGAUAUGAAAGAAAUUUAUGGUCUCUCAAAUCCUAAGAAGAUCCCUCUUGUUGCAUGCGCUGAACCUCGACUUCCUCAUCAUAUGUAUCAUAUGUGAACAUUAUGAUUUCCUUGAACCUAAAAAAUGAUCGUUACUUAACUAGUGAGCUAAGGAUUUUGAUUUAUUUGCACUUUUGCAGUGUUGUCUUAAUUAAAUCUUGGAGUUUAGUUUUACCUCUUGUGUGCUACUAUUUAGUACUUCGUAUAAUGUCUUGAAUAAGAGAUGAUUAUUGUUUGAUUUCCUACAA